AUGAGUGUGACUAGUGAGUCUACCAUUUCCCUUUACCAAUGGAGGAGAGUUAUGAAAAUCUUUCGACGCGCCUCUGAAGUAUACAAAGAAAAGAAUCAUAAACCACCCGUCAUCAUUUAUGACAAUAUGAGCCGAAUAGGUAAAGAGAAUGCAAAAAUUCUUGAUAUACUUCAGGAUGACGCAAAAGAUAAUGCUGAUGAUAGAGCAUACAUUGCUGUGUUUGUUAGUAGUGAAGGAAAUGUGCCUCGAAGAAUGGAAU